AUGUGCGAGAGGAGGACGAGUAGGACCAAGGCCGAUGGUGUGACGUUCGUCAUUCAGCUUCUUUCUCAGAACGUCGGCUGCCACCGACAAGUUGGCGAGCUGCCACGGCAACGCCAAUGGUCCGCACAUCGACUCACCAUCUCCAUCGCCGUCCUCGUCCUCACCACAUUGAGCCUUCUCCUCCUCACAGGCACAGUCUCUUCUGUCGUUGCCGCCACCGGAUCCUCCCGGCCAGCGCUCUUCCGCUCACCAGCAUCCGACAAUUCUCGUGGCGCCGACUUCCUUCAACAGGUCCUCACAAAGCCACCGUCCUCCUCCUCCUCCGAAGCGCCUCUCUCCGAGCCCAUCUGUCGACCUACAGGGCAGAUCGAAGACGCAUCGUGCGACUACGAAACCGUCGAAACCAUCAACUCUCAAUUCUUUGACCGGCUCGAUACGCUUCGAAAGACGGACUUCUUCAAGUUCUACAAGGUGAAUCUGUUCAAAGAAUGUCCCUUUUGGAACGAGAAUGGCUUCUGCAUGAACAGGGCAUGCAGCGUAGAGACUGAGGAAGAGUCCAACGUUCCGGAAGAGUUUAGGGUCAACCGUCUCAGCUCGGUAACGACAGCCUCAGCCGAAGAUGUGGUCAUGACGGGAUCCGAUGCCAGCUGCACAUGUUCGCAAGACGAGUUCUGUCACCUGGACGAUGAGGUGGAGGAAGGAGUGUACGUGGACCUGCUGAAGAAUCCGGAGAGGUUCACGGGGUAUGCGGGUCCGAGUGCGAACAGGGUUUGGAAGUCGAUCUACGAGGAGAACUGUUUCAACGGCGUCAAGUUUGUCGAACCAGCGAGGCCGGCUGCUUCGGGAGGCACUGGGUUUGUGGAUAAAAGCAUGCUGCAGUCGAGCAGUCCUGCGAUGGGCCUGUCGAGUGGAUUCAGUGGGUUGGUCAGCUCCUUGCAGGCUCCGUUGGAUAGCGGAGACAGCGAACAGUGUCUAGAGAAGAGGGUGUUCUACCGGAUCAUCUCGGGACUGCACGCCUCGAUCUCGAUUCACAUCUGUCACGACUUCCUCGACACCAAGACGGGCGAAUGGGCUCCCAACCUCGAGUGCUUCAUCUCGAGGAUCGCCGAGCAUCCCGAGCGGCUGCAGAACGUCUACUUCGACUACGUCUUGCUUCUCCGGGCGCUUUCGAGGUUGGGCGACUCCAAGCAAAACUUUUCCCUCCGCAAAGGCGAUUCGAUCGAAGACCCACUAGCUGUAGCACAGCUGGACCAGUUGAUUCAGGACGCACGUUCCUGUCCGACGACGUUCGAUGAAGCGCAGAUGUUCAACGGUCAGAACCGCGAAUCGCUCGAACUCAAGCAGGAGUUCAGGCAGCAUUUCAGGAACAUCUCGACCAUCAUGGAUUGCGUAGGGUGCGACAAGUGUAGGCUGUGGGGCAAGUUGCAGGUGAAUGGGAUUGGGACGGCGUUGAAGUUGCUGUUCAACAGGAAUGGGGGAGGGGAGGAGGGGGAGGUGAGGUUGCAGAAGAGCGAGUUGGUGGCGUUGGUGAAUGCGGCGCAUAGGAUUGCCGAGAGUUUGAGGGCGGUGGAGAGGUUUAGGGAUAUGUACCAGGCGGUUGGGGAGAAGAAAGAGACUGAGCAGAAGAAGGUCAUCGAUGGGGACGCGGGGUAUACAGGGCGUAGAGGAGAGGCGAAUGCUACAGACGAGCAUAGGUUCGACUCGAUAGACGGGGGAGAAGGGACAUUGUUGAGUCACUGGUUCGGCUGGUUGGAGAAGCAGAUGGCGGCCUGUCAGAGAUCGCUGGUGUCGUGUCUGCAUGCAUUGGGCAUCGCAACUGGCUGGUCGGAGAGCGGAAAGCAUUCGGAGCUGUAA